AUUAUCUCCGCUCCCUGCAUUGCAUCGCUCUGGCGCAUCCACAUAUACCCGCAAUUCGCACCUCCUCCUCGCCCUUCCAACCUACAACUCGGUAGCGGUUGCGCUUUCGACUUCAGGACAACAAAACCCACAGCUGAUCUGUUGCACGCACCGUCACCAUGGCUGCACUCGCUUCCAAGCAGCAGUCGCUGAAGAUCUUUGAGAAGUUGAAGACCAAGCCUGCGAACAAGAUCUGCUUCGACUGUGGCGCCAAGUACCCGACUUGGACAUCAGUUCCCUUUGGCAUCUACCUCUGUCUUGAUUGCUCGUCCAACCACCGAAAUCUGGGUGUCCAUAUCUCCUUCGUCCGAUCCACCAAUCUCGACCAGUGGCAAUGGGAUCAGCUCCGCAUGAUGAAGGUGGGCGGCAACGAGUCGGCAACCAAGUUCUUCCAGCAGAACGGAGGAACUGCCGCUCUCAACAGCAAGGACCCCAAGACCAAGUACCAAUCCAACGUUGCGACCAAGUAUAAGGACGAGUUGAAGCGCCGCGCAGCAAGAGAUGCUCAAGAGUACCCCGGCGAGGUUGUUAUCAACGACACCGCCGAUGCCGACACUUCAACCCCUGCUGGAGAGCCCGACGAUGAUUUCUUCUCAUCUUGGGACAAACCCUCCAUCAAGAAACCCAGCCCUCCUAUAUCUCGCACAGCGACCCCUCCGACCGUCGGCCGAACCCCUUCUCCCUUCCUCAACGCCAACAACGGUGCCGGCAAGGACAUCUCUCGGUCUGCCUCUCCUUUGUCCAAGUCUGAGGCCGACAACAAACCCACUGCCAGCCGUGUAACCACCUCCGCCGCCCUUCGCAAGACGGCCACCACCGGUGCGCCCCGAAAGGCCAAUAUUCUUGGUGCCAAGAAGGCGCCCAAGCUUGGUGUCAAGAAGGUCGCAAGCGACGCCAUCGACUUCGAUGAAGCCGAGAAGAAGGCCAAGGAGGAGGCCGAGCGCAUCGCGAAGCUGGGCUAUGAUCCCGAGGCCGAGGAAGAGAAGAAGGUUUCUAGCAAGGCGGACCCUAUCGCGGCUCCUACCCCUACCAGCCCCCAGGGCGGCUAUGGGUCCUCCAGCCACACCCGCCAGAAGUCCAACGCUGAAGUGGAGCGUUUGGGCAUGGGUGUUGCCAGGCUGGGCUUCGGUCAGGUUGGUGGGCCUAAGGGUGCCGCAGCACCCAAGAAGGCCGCUGCCGGUGGCUUCGGCUCCGUUGGUCCCAUCAAGGCCAAGGCUGAGGAUGACAGCGAGAACUAUGCUCGCAGCAAGUUCGGUGCCCAGAAGGGCAUUUCCUCCGACGAGUUCUUCGGCAAGGGUUCGUUUGACCCCAGCGUCCAGUCUGAGGCGAAGACGCGUUUGCAAGGUUUCGAGGGUGCUACUUCAAUCUCGUCCAACGCAUACUUCGGCCGUCCCGAGGAUGAGCCCGCGGAGGAGUAUGGCGACCUCGAGGGCGCGGCCAAAGACUUCAUUCGCAGAUUCGGCAUCACGGCUGGUGACGAUCUCGAGAACCUUACUCAGUUGGCAGGCGAGGCUAGCCAGAAGCUGCAGGGUGCCAUCCGCGCUUACCUCGGAAGCUGAGCGGAUGACAGUGACAAGGAAGUUGCAAUAACGAGAAGGAUGUUGCUUCCCCCCUCUCACUUUGCCACCGAUUUUCAAGAGAUGCGCCCAUACCCCGUCAUUGCAGAGGGCAGUCCUUGGGGUCCUAUACGGGGCUAGUGAGGAAAAGAAUCGGAAUGUUGCAAAUUGUCAUGCGGAUGCGAGAAACGAUACCACGGGUGCCACAACACGUACGGACUGUCAAGUGAGUCUCGGGUCUGGCAGGUAGGGGAAAAGGACGCAUGCUGGGGGCUUUUGUUUGAUGCAUCCCAGUACAUGAAGCGUACAGAGCAGGCGAAGGGGGGUGAUGAAACUGCUACUUGGUUAGUUUUAAUACACAAACAUGAAUGAAUAGAUUUAAGCUUCGCUAUCAUCGCCGCA